UUUUUUUUUUCCCUAAAGCUGCAGACAAAACACAGAACACAUAUGUGAGUAGCACUUUCAGCAACAAUAUAUACCUUCACAUAGUUUGCAGAGAAGCCUUACAAAAAAGGCGGCAAAUUUGUCCCUCAGACAUAGCCAUGAAAACGUAUGGAUCAGAAGGAUUCAUGCACAUACUGACUUUAUAUUAUCCCUAAGGAUGCAUUCUGUCUCUCUCUCAUGCUCUGUACAACUCCUCUUAAGUCAGAAAUACAAAUCCUGUCUCUGCACUUCCAAAAUACAGCCAUGAAUACACCUCGUUUGAUUACAGCCAAUUCAAUGACUUUAUGAGCAGUUAAUGUCUUUGUUGGGAGCGUAUAUUGAAGAAAAUAUUUCUGCAAGUGAUCCUAAGUCAGGAUGUUAUACCAUGAUAUGUAGCUGCUGCUUUUUCUACACAUGAGGCUUUCCUUUUCUUUAUUAGGUUAAGUUGUAUACUGUAGAUGUAUCCUGACUUCAUGUCCUCCACCAGAGAAGCUGGAGGCAAAAGUCCCAUUGAUUUAAGACCUGAGGGUGAAAUUGUAAUCCCAGUGCUUCAGAAACUCAUUUAGAAGUGGAGGCUAGAGGGUCUUUAAGGUGAAAAGAGAAACAAACACAAACCACACUGACCUCAUAUUAUGUGUACUUCAGAAAGCCCUUUAUAUUCUUUAUUUUCUCUUGUAUGUUGACCUUACACUCUAUAACCAACAGGGUAAAUUAAUAAUCUCAAAGGAUGCAAACCUAUAAGUCCAAAUGCAUUCUCAUGCGAAUUGAUGUUGGAAAGUCUCAGGGGGACAAAUAUCCACCACAAUUCCCCAAAGGAAAGGUAGUAACGAUGCCAUUUCUUGUUACUUUGGUCAUUUUUUAAGGCAAAGGCAAUGCUUAACUGGUUCACUUAGCUUCUUGGCAAUCUUUUCCAUCUUUUCUCAAGGGAACAUCAAUGGACAUUCAAGAAUAUUCACCAGCUAUGAGUCAGAAAAUAGGACAGAGACUUGGAGACUUUUCCAAGAACAAUUAGCACUAACAAAACUAUUAUGCGUAAUAUUUAAUACUAUAUACCACUUGAAAUUUUACACUUUUUUGUGCACAGAUUGUUCUAUAGAAUAUCCUCAAAAAGAUGGCAUGUCCUGUUAUCACAAAUGAGAAAUCUGCCACAAACCUUCAAGUCUAGUGAAAGUCCACUGAAUCCAAGUGCCCAGUACAACAGAAGAAGCCACUGUUACAAAUGCUUUUCUCUGGUGUCUCAGCCAGCCUGGUUAGAAACUACUCCUGCAUAAUGCCUAAGUGGUUUUGGAAACAUUAGCUGUGUACUCUGCACAUCAUAUAUACUUACAGUGCAUAUUUAAUAACAUUACUACAAAUACAUAUUAAUGCAAAUAAUAAUAGAAGAUGGACAGAGACUGGUUGAGAGCACUAGAGGAGCGAAACAUCCUUUGAGAUCGCUCUUCAGCAUAGGAACUUGUUUAACUGAGAAGGCAAUGCCAGCUUCCCCUUCAUAUUCCCCCUCUGUGCUCCCUGAGGUUGGUCACUUGUUCAUCCACCUUUUGUCUGUGGUUUCCUGACUUCCUGACAGCUGACGAAGUUCAACUCAGAACAGACAUGUCAAAAACCCAAGGAGACCCAAGGAGGGUCACACAUGGAAACAAAUCAAAUGUUAAUGCAUUUCCCAGACUGAUGACAAAAGGACUUACGAAGGCCAGCUCACACUCUCUACAAAAUUUGGUAUCGUUCCUAAACCUUAGACUUUCCCAGGUAUUUUGCUCCUACUUUAUCGCUAGCAUAGCAGGACUGCUAUUCUCUUAAGCAUGUAUGUUGACAACAGAAACCCACAAUUUUAUUCCAGUUCUCCUGUAUAGAUCUAUUCUGGUUUGUAUCCUUGUGUGUAUGAACAAAGUGACACUACAACUUACUACACAAAACACAAAUCCCUGCAGACACCUUCCCAUUCCCACAUGAAGCAAGCCUUUGCAAGGCUAUGGCUGCUGCACAGACACAAAACAUUAGUGCAGACAGUUUCCGGCUCCCAUAGAUCUCAGAUCUCCUUGUAGGGGCUGGCAGGUUACUUGCCCCUUUUCUUAAACAGAGCUCCUUUUCUGUCCGAGUUCCUUCACUGCAGAUUCCAGCAGUAUGUGGAUGAUCAGACUCAUGCACUUACUUACUCAUGCGUUUUAACUUAGCUGAAAUGACAAAAAGUAUUUUACAGCAAGUUCUGCUUUGGUGUGCAAAGCACAGGGUGUGCAAAGAACUAAGUACAUCCAAGAUAGAAAGUUGCUUCCCCAUUGCAAAGCCAGGUGCAAGUGCUCAUGGAGCAGCAAUAACAUGGGGGACAAAGACUACUUUUCCUCCCUCCAGUAAAUCUAUAUCUUCCAUAGACAAACAAGGAAGACCAUCAACUACCAGCAUACGCUCAGUUAUGACCAGCCUUAUAUUUCUGCUUGACUGGAGUCUUCUUGUAUAUUGUUGCACUCAGUGUAUGUCUUCUAAAAUAUUUCUGUAAUGAUAACAGGACAUUUGUGAAAAUGCUGUUCAUUUCACAGCAAACCAUGCAACAGUGAGCACCCAAAUGAAGGCAGUGUGUCGUGCUGAAGAUCUCCAAGGAGAAUGAUGUUUUCAGUGUACAACUUACAUUAAGCCAUCUUCCUGAGGACAUAUGUCAAGCCCUUUGUACACAAUAGAUUUUUCUCGCUUGAAGCAGCAUAUGUUUGCAAGAACAAUGCUGUAGCAUCUAAUGCCACAUACUAGACAGAGUCUUUCUCCUGCUGCCCCUGAGGCCAUGAGGUAGAGGGACCACAGGAAGGCAAACACAAGGAACUGCUCUCUUCAUAUUAACAGACAUAUCAGAAAUACCAUUCUCAGAUGUAUAUCAGUUACCUGAAAUAAAAUCUUGACUAUUUUAACAAUUCUGAUACAUCAUUUGCCUAUUUGGAUGACCCGGACACUCAUUCAUUACAUGAACUGCAAGAGAUAAUCCACUCCAAAGUUAUUCAUGCAGUGGUAUGACUUGUCUUUAGUGGAGUCAUGACACAACUGGAUGUGAUUCAAAAAGGGCUUCAAUCUGCAAAUAAUGCAUAAAGAAACAUGUUAUGGCAUUUAGGAAACACAAAGUCUCAAAGAUACUUGCUUCAUUGGAGGAAUUACUGAAUAUGACUUAAAAUACUUGGCAAGUAAUUCAAGACUUCAUUUCCAAGUCAAGAAACAGCAAUGAGCUUUUGCAACAUUUUUGGAUGGAGCAGCUUGCUGGGUUUUAUGUCUCCUCUAUGAUACUAACAGCACAACACAUACAAUUACUGCAAAAUAGCAAGCCUAUGAAAAUAAAUGAAAAAAAAAAAAAGGCAGAUCACUAAACCUCAAUUGUAAAUGCUAAGCGUGCUGCGAACAAAACCAAAUUUGCAUUUGACCAACCCUUCUUUUCUUUCUUUAUUUCACCAAGACACAAUUGGAUGUUCAAAACGCUACAAAUGUGGAACAAAACUACCAAUUCUGCUCCUUAGAAUAAAAGGUUAAGCUUGUAAUUACACGGCUUCAGCGUAUCAUUUUGUACAAUUACUAAUUAACCACCAUCCCUGAUCAGAGAAUACAGAAGUAGUGAAUUUCUUCCAUAAGAGCUGCGCCUGCUUCUUUUUAAGUUAAGUUCUGCUACGGAGGGAGGAAAAACACCACAGGCACGCCGGCAUCUGCGCGUGGGGCGGCGGGCGGGGGGACACCCAACGGAAAAAACGCUUCUGUGCACAAAACCAUCCCGCUACGCGGAUGUCGGCACGCCUUGCUGUGCCGCCCAGCACGGGGGUCCGCAACGCCCCCUCUCCGCGGCGGGGCGCGGACGGACGCGUUUUAGGGAAGCAGGCGAAACAAAGCAGCUGCCCCCCCAUCCCGCGCCCCUUACGCCGCCGCCAAAGUUCCCUCCCGCCGGGGCUGCCGCACACCGCUGAGCCCGGUGCCAGGGCUGUCAGCGGAGUCACACCGCCCUCCGCCCCGCGGAAGGAAGGCCGGGAGAAAGGGUCACGGCACGGCACGGCACGGCACGGCACGGCACGGCACGGCACCGCUCCGCACCGCCCCGCCGCAGCGCCACUCACCGCGCCGCGCCGCGCCGAGCCGAGCCGAGCCGAGCCGGUGUGCGGGAGCGCCGCGGAGGCCGCAGGUGCCGCGGAGGAGGAAGCGGGGGCGGGCGGCGCUGGCGAGCCAACCGGGGCCCGGCGCGGCGCCGUGAGUCACCAGCAGCCGCGUAGGGCGGCCGGGCGGCUGGUAUAAGAGCGCGGCGGGGACACCCUCCCCCUGUGCGUGUCGCCAGCUCCCUCUUCCUCUCCUCGCCUCUCCGUCCGCGGCACUUGCCUGCCCGCCCUCCCCGCCCUUUCUCCGUCCCCGGCGCGGCGAUGCGGUUAGACCGGCAGUGCGGAGACCCGAGCGCGGCUGCAGGCAGCCCCGGGCACGGCGCGGGGCGGCGGGCGGUCUCGUGCUGCUGGCCGCUGUACCUGCUGCUUGCCCUCAGCUGCCUGCGCGCCACCGCCGACGGUGCAAGAGCAAAAUGUGAGGAAUCCCAAUUUCCGUGUAGUAAUGGACGCUGUAUUCCUUUACUCUGGAAAUGUGAUGGUGAUGAAGACUGUUUAGAUGGCAGUGAUGAAAGUGCCUGUGUGAAGAAGACGUGUACUGAAUCUGAUUUUGUGUGCAUCAGUGGACAGUGCGUACCUAACAGAUGGCAGUGUGAUGGGGAUCCGGACUGUGAGGAUGGGUCUGACGAGAGUGCUGAACUGUGCCAUAUGAGAACAUGCCGGGUAAAUGAAAUCAGCUGUGGUCCUCAGUCAACCCAGUGUAUCCCAGUGUCCUGGAAAUGUGAUGGUGAAAAAGACUGUGACAGUGGUGAAGAUGAAGAGAAUUGUGGCAAUGUGACCUGUAGUCCAGCAGAGUUCACAUGCAGCAGUGGGCUAUGUAUUUCCAAGAGCUUUGUCUGCAAUGGUCAAGAUGACUGCAGUGAUGGCACUGACGAGCUGGAGUGUGCACCUCCUACCUGUGGAGUUCAUGAGUUCCAGUGCAAAAGCUCCACUUGCAUCCCCAUCAGCUGGGUGUGUGAUGAUGAUGCUGACUGCUCUGACCACUCAGAUGAAUCUCUAGAGCAAUGUGGCCGCCAGCCUGCACCUCCUGUGAAGUGCUCUGACAGUGAGGUGCAAUGUGGCUCAGGUGAAUGUAUCCACAAGAAGUGGCGCUGUGAUGGAGAUCCUGACUGCAAGGAUGGAAGUGAUGAAAUCAACUGCCCUUCUCGGACUUGCAGACCAGACCAGUUCAGAUGUGAAGAUGGUAACUGCAUCCAUGGGAGUAGGCAGUGCAAUGGUGUGAGAGACUGUCUGGAUGGCACUGAUGAAGCAAGUUGUAGCAAUGUUAUUCAGUGCUCUGGACCUGGCAAAUUCAAGUGCAGAAGUGGAGAAUGCAUAGAUGUCAAUAAAGUCUGUAACCAGCAGAGAGACUGCAAGGACUGGAGUGAUGAGCCCCUCAAGGAGUGUAACAUAAAUGAAUGUCUUGUGAACAAUGGCGGAUGCUCUCAUAUCUGCAGAGAUCUUGUUAUUGGCUAUGAAUGUGACUGUCCAGCUGGGUUUGAGCUUAUAGACAAGAGAACCUGUGGAGAUAUCGAUGAAUGCCAGAACCCUGGUAUCUGUAGUCAAAUCUGUAUCAACCUGAAAGGGGGUUACAAAUGUGAAUGUAGUCGUGGCUAUCAGAUGGAUCUUGCUACCGGGGUGUGCAAGGCAGUGGGGAAGGAACCAUGUCUAAUUUUCACCAACCGCCGAGAUAUCAGGAAGAUUGGCCUUGAGAGGAAAGAAUACAUUCAGCUAGUAGAGCAGCUAAGAAACACCAUAGCUCUAGAUGCUGAUAUUGCUGCGCAAAAGCUUUACUGGGCUGACUUUGGCCAAAAAGCAAUCUUCAGUGCUUCUAUUGAUACCCGUGAUAAAGUUGGAACACAUGUCAGAAUCCUGGACAACAUACACAGCCCUGCAGGAAUUGCUGUUGACUGGGUUUAUAAGAACAUCUAUUGGUCUGACUCAGCUUCAAAGACCAUCUCAGUGGCCAGCCUAGAUGGCACAAAAAGAAAGGUUUUAUUUCUUUCUGAGCUGAGAGAGCCAGCUUCUAUUGCUGUAGAUCCUCUCUCUGGCUUUAUGUACUGGUCAGACUGGGGUGAGCCAGCAAAAAUUGAAAAAGCAGGAAUGAAUGGAUUUGACAGACAGCAGCUUGUGACAACAGAAAUCCAAUGGCCUAAUGGAAUUGCUCUAGACCUUGUAAAAAGCCGUUUAUACUGGCUUGAUUCUAAACUACAUACACUGUCAAGCGUGGACUUGAAUGGCCAGGACCGUAGAAUUGUGCUGAAGUCUCAUAUGUUCCUUCCUCAUCCUCUUGCUCUAACAAUAUUUGAGGAUCGUGUGUACUGGAUAGAUGGAGAGAAUGAGGCAGUCUAUGGUGCUAACAAAUUUACUGGAACUGAACUGGUUACCCUAGUGAACAACCUCAAUGAUGCACAGGACAUCAUUGUGUAUCAUGAACUUGUUCAGCCUUCAGGCAGGAACUGGUGUGAAGAGAACAUGGCAAAUGGAGGCUGUAGCUACCUGUGCCUCCCAGCUCCUCAGAUAAAUGAACACUCUCCAAAGUACGCUUGUGCAUGUCCUGUUGGAUACUUCUUGCAGGAAGAUGGUCUGAGAUGUGCAGUUUCAGGUACUGGAACAACUGUGGCUUACACUGAGGCUAAAGAUACCAGCACAACAGAAAAAUCUCCAACUGUUGGACUAGUUCCUGGAGGAUUCAACAUCAGUAGUACAACAUCUGAAGUAGCUGCAGCUGGAGGAACAUCAGCAGUUUGGACUGUUCUUCCUGUUGUAUUGCUGGUAAUGGCUGCAGCGGCUGCUUACUUCAUGUGGCGUCACUGGCAGCACAAGAACAUGAAAAGUAUGAAUUUUGAUAAUCCUGUCUACCUGAAAACUACAGAAGAGGACCUUACAAUUGAUAUUGGAAGACACAGCGCUUCAGUAGGACACACCUACCCUGCAAUAUCUGUUGUAAGCACAGAUGAUGACAUGGCAUGAGCACUGGAUCAGCAAUUGCUUCCGGUUUACUUGUGUUUUACACUCUUUGGGGAUAGUAACCAGGUUUGUGGCUGAAAGACUUCCUCCAUUCUUGGAAGAGAGAAGAUACUUUAUGUAUGGAACACUUAUGUAAAUAGCUAUUUUAUACAGCUUAACAACAAACUAUGUAAAUACCUGUCCACAACAAUUCAGCUUUUGGUGGUUACUGUUUUAUCAGUAACCCUUGGAUUGGUCAGUCAGUAACACCACUGACCAAAUAUAAAGCACUUUCCAUAGAAAGCCAUAUUCCAGCCACAACUUGUAACAGCUGUACAUAUGUGUAUAGGCCACUUGUAAAUACGAUUCUUGGAAAAUCACUGUCAAGCACUUUGAAGUAUUUCAAAUGUAAAUUAUUGUACACUGUGUUUUUCAAUGAUUUGGGCAAUGGCAAUAGGAAAAAACGGGUUACUAUGAUUACAAAUUUUUGGCAAACAUAAGUAAUUUUGUAUGUAUGUUUAAGAGGUAACAGACAAGAUUGUUUCAGAGAUAUACAAGUAUGAAUGCUCUUUAAGAAACCACUGUAAAUCUUACAUGUGGAGAAGAGGAGAAAAAUAAAAAACCGAAGCAGUUAAA